AUGGAGCUCCUUCAAUCAAUGGUCAUUUUGAUUAUGCUCCUUCUGACGGUGUCUUUGUCGUUUGGAAAACGAGAGGGUGACAGUUUUGUGAAAUAUUGUCCCCUGGGACAAUUUGCAUUUGCAAUGCAAAUCAAAUCAGAAAAACAACCACAGCCACUUCUUGGUAUGGCACUUUAUUGUGAGAAAAUCAGCACAAUUUUAGGCUUGGAAAAUACCAUCACCGACGAUACUGUUCGUAUUCAGUUCGAUGAAAACGCUAAAGACUGGAAUACGCGUCUCCGUUGUCCCCAUCAAAGCGGCAUUAUGGGAAUUGAUGUUAAAUAUGGAAAACAUGGAGAAUUCAUUGAGUUAACUGUUUAUUGUGGAGCACCAUUUGAUUCAGAGCAGAAUCGAACAACAAUGAAUGGUACUAAGUCACGUUUGUCGGAAUACAAUGUUCCAUUGUCGUAUGUCAAGGAUAGCACGGUUUACAGAAAAAUAAAUGAAAAGGAGAUGUCAGCUAUUUCAAAAGGAUUUCUUAAAGCAAUUGGAGAUUCCGAAUCGAUGCUUGUUAAUAAAAUAAAUUCUGAUCCACGAAUGGGAGAUGACAAGUACACAGUUGUAUCGUUUAAAGCAGAAAUUGAAGAAGCAUUUAAGAAUUCCCGAAAACAAAAGUUCUUUUACAAUACCGGACCGGACACUUCCACAAGUAUUAAUCAAUUGACAAUCUACGCAGGAGAGCAUCGUGUUGGUUUGAAAAAAUGUAUUAUGUUUGAAAAUGGGCGUCAGGUUCCGAACACAAGCACUGGGGGUGGUUCUCAAAAACUUAACGUUUUUUUCGUUUUUUGCUUUGAAUCUUUCUAUGCUCUAUAUUCUUCGUUGGACUGA